AUGUUAUGUCCUGAUAUAUGCAAGUUCUCUGCCCCAAAAACAAUUUGUUCUCUACAGAAAAAUUUAAGUUUUACUAAAACUUUAGACAGGAUUAGAAAUAAUUGUUUUUAUAGAAGUGUGAUUAUAACUUGUCCAGACGAAAUAAAAUUACCAAAUUCAAUUGAAGAGGCGGUGCUUGAAGACAGUGAUUACUAUAAAAUUUUAAAUUGUCCCAUCACUGAGUUCAUAGACCCUACAUUUAUUGAAACUUUCAUAAAGAAAGGAAAGUUAUAUUGUUUAUCAAUUCUUAAUAGCUGUAUGAAUCAUAACGGCUUUGCAGUAACUUCAGAUGGUUUACUAACUCUGCAUGUAUUAAGUUCUGUUUACCAAACAUUAGGCAUUGAAGGAACUAAAUGUCCACAUGAUUUUUAUGACAUUAAAAUUGAUCUUUAUGAUAUUAAAUCUAUUGGAAGGUUAAGUAAUAAUUUAAACAAACUAGAUAAAUUUAACUUGUAUAUAAACUGGGAACCUAACAAUGAAAAUGUAUGUCCAUCGACAAUAGCUAAAUAUUUCUGUGAUAAAAAUUAUGUAGUAACCCAGCAUUCAUUAAAGGGAACAAAUUUAUCUCCUGACAUUGGGCAAAUACCUUCUCUCGAUGCUGAUAUUGUAGAAGUUGUAGAGUGGAUGGGUAUGGUGGCUCAUAAUGCUAAUUUAAUGCCACCAGAAAAUUUUGUAAGUUCUUAUUACAUACCAGAGAGUUUACAUCCAAUGCAGACAACAAGGAUUUCAGUAAUGCUUAUCAAGGGUUUUCUAACCCCUAACUUAUUAUGCAAAGUUGCCCAACAUCUAUUUCAACAUGUCUCAUCAAGAGAUUUAGCUAAUUACUGGUCAGCUCUUAGUCUGCAAACAGUAGAAGAAAGCCUAUAUCAGUGGUACCCAACUACUUCUAGAAUAUUUCAAUCACACAACUCAUCAACUAAUAUAUUUUUCACUAGUAAUGAUGCUAUUAUUUAUUCUGUAGGUCACUUAAAGUAUUCAUGA